AUGAAAGAGCAAGACAAAGUAUUUUCUCCGAAAGUUGAUGAGUCUUUGUAUUCACGACAGUUGUACGUGAUCGGGAGCGAGGCCAUGAAGAGGAUGCUUCGCUCGAGUGUGCUGGUUCUUGGGCUGAAAAAGUCCGGGCUGGAGCUCGUUAAGAAUCUUGCAUUGGCCGGGGUUAAGGCCAUUUCUGUGCACGAUCCAAGCCUUGUCGCGCCCGAAGACCUUAGCACGCUCUACUACUGCACAGAGUCGGAUAUUGGGGACCGCGUCGACAAAAGCAUAGAGUACAAGCUGAAAGAGCUGAACUCGCAGGUGUCGAUACAUGUCCUGGAGACGGCCCCGCAGGACGUCUCUGCGUAUACGGCAGUCGUGAUGAACGAUUUCCCCCUUGAGGACCAAGUGCAGAUGGACGAAGCCUGCAGGAAGCUCGGCAUUCCGUUUGUGGCUGUGCGCACGAAAGGCCUGUUUUUCCAGGUCUUCUGCGACUUUGGGGACUCCUUCGUCACAACAGACACAAACGGGGAGGCGCCGUACAUAGGAACCAUCAAGGCAGUUUCCCCGACAGGAGAAGUUACCUUGGUGGAGGAAGAGAGGCACUCCCUUGAAGAUGCAGACGAGAUAUCCGUGAAAAACAGAAAAUACACGGUGCGAGACGCGAAGGCGUUUACCUUCUCCCUCGAGGGAUACGCAGGAGAAAGCCUCUCCGGGGAAACUUUUGAGCAAAUCAAGAAGAAAAGCGUUGUCCGCUUUAAGGCGCUGAGGGAGGCGAUGGAGAGCCCGAUAAUACACUCGGAGUUCGCAGGAUCGGACAUUUUGCACAGGUGCUUCCUUCUGUACGACGGGCUGAGAGAAGCCCCCGUUGAGGCGGCAGUUGCAGCAUACCUCCAGAAGUACCCGAUAAACGAGGAGGACGUGCACAUCGUGCGGGAGUUCUUCCGGCAGCCAGACACCUCGAUUUGCCCGAUUACGUCCAUCUCCGGGGGGAUAUCGGCCCACGAAGUCCUGAAGGCGUGCAGCGGAAAGUUCACGCCUCUGCAGCAGUUCAUGUACUACCACGCGCUGGAGGCACUUCCCCCGAGCAUGUACAAGAAGAAGACGGAGAGAGUGCAGACGACGAAGAACAGGUACUCGGCCGUUGUGGAGAUAUUUGGCGAAGGCGCAGACGCGAUAUUUAACGCUGGCGUGUUCGUGGUCGGCGCAGGCGCAAUUGGGUGCGAGCACAUGAAGAACCUCGUUAUGCUCGGAAUGGGAAAAACAGGAAGAGUUGCACUGACGGACAUGGACGCAAUUGAAAGGUCGAAUUUAAACAGGCAGUUUCUCUUCAGGGAGCACGACAUUUCUCAGAUGAAGUCGGCAGUGGCGGCGCGGGAGGCUGCUGCACUGAACCCCAGCGCCAGAGAGAGCCCCGUCAUGGCGUACGUGUCGAAGGUCGGGAAGGAGACAGAGUCGCUCUUCAACGAUGAAUUCUACGGGAGAGUAGACGUCAUUUUAAAUGCGCUCGACAACGUGGAGGCGCGCCUGUACAUAGACAGCCGAGCUAUUUAUCACAAAGUGGCUGUUAUUGACUCGGGCACUCUUGGGUCGAAGGGGCACACGCAGGUCGUUGUCCCGGGAGUGACUGAGCACUACGGAAGCACAAAUGACCCGCAGGAGAAGUCUAUCCCCCUUUGCACGAUCAGAAACUUCCCGUACCAGCCCGUGCACUGCGUGGAGUGGGCACUUGCAGACUUUAAGAGCCUUUUCUACGAGAGGCUCGUGGAGGCGAAGAAGGCCCUUGGGGAGGCGUCAACAGUCGAGCUCCCGGAUAGUGCAGUCGUGCUCCUGCACACGCGCCCGAAAACCCCGAGCGAGGCCUUGAAGUACGCCAUAGACUUGUUCGUGGAGAGGUUUACUGCAGGCCCUUUGCGGCUGUGCGAGUCUUUCCCGAAGGACCACAUGACGGAAGAGGGCACGCCUUUUUGGAUACCCCCGAAAAGAAUGCCCUCCCCCGUGGAGCUUUCUCUUGAGAAUCAGGACCACAGGAAGUACGUUGAAAGCGCGUACCACCUCGUGAUUCGGACGUUUGCCCUGGAAAGUCUCCCCUUUGAAGACGCCCUGAAGGCGUACACGGAGAAAAACACGCUCCCCCGCGGAGAGGCUGGCUCAGCCGAAAUUCGGGACAAGGAAAUCGAGGCCAUGCGCAGGGACUUGGCAGGGGAGGAGCUGCAGAGCAUUUCCCUGCAGGAGGAGGAGUUUGAAAAAGACUCCGAAACAAACGGGCACAUUGCAUACAUAACAGCAGCGUCGAAUAUUCGGUCGACCGUAUACGGGAUACAGACGCUGGACGCCCUGGAAAUAAAGAGAAUUGCAGGGCGAAUCAUCCCAGCAAUAGCCACAACGACAGCCGUGGUUUCUGGCCUGGCCCUGGUCGAGGCCAUUAAGUUCCUCCUCUGGAAAGAGACGGGAAUUGCCCAGUACAGGAACACCUUUGUUUCUUUGGCGCUUUCCUUGCUCAUGGCCAGCGAGCCAGUCGCCCCGCACAGGGAGAAAAUCACCCUUCCCGGAGGAGUCUUGGAAGUCAGCCCGUGGGAUAUGCUGGAGGUGAAGGACGAGCCGCUUGAGGAGAUUCUCCAGAGGCUGAAGAGACUUUGGGGCGUGGAGAUACACACGGUAAUGAGCGGCCUGACUGUUUUGUUCUGCACGUUCUACAACAAGCAGAAGUUUAUGGAGAAUCUGAAGAAGAGGCCCUCCGAGAUAAUUUACCCUUCAGGAAUACCGCAGGGCGUGCAGUCCGUGAGAAUAGACCCGGUCGUGGAGGACGAUGAAGGAAAUGACCUUCCAGUGCCCUUUGUUAAGGUUUUGCUGAAGUAG